AUGGAGUGGUUCCACUGCAACAAGUGCUUCGUAACAAGAGGAUUGAAGUUUGUAUUGUCGUCCUGUGGACACAUCUGCUGUGAGGCCUGCAUUAUUACACCUGAGCAAUGCGGCGCAUGUGGAAGCAGCUGUAGUUACAUUGCCAUUACAGAUCAGAUGAAACCACGGGACAGCGUGAUUUUCAAGGAUCCCGUGAAGCUCGUCCAGUCACGGCUAGGACAAAUUUCACAGAUUGCAAGUUUUCAGCAGGCACAGAAAAGAAGAACAAUGGAAUACUUCAAGCACAAGUCAGUUACACUGGAAAAGAAUCUUAAAGAGCUCACUGAACAGAGUUACAGACAAGUGGCUGAAUUGAAAAGAGAGAAUGCCGAUUUAAGAAAGGAAAAUAUGGAUCUUAAAAGCGAGAUAGCAGAGCUCAAAAAGCCUCUUUCACAGAGAAGGCGUUCAAAGGAUCUCUCUCCCAGUGUGCGUCACUUCUCCAGGUAA